AUUUCACUCAACUACAUCACCAUCCAUGUAUAAAAUCCAAAAUCUCGAGUAACUGAACAGUUGUAAUAUUUGUAACUAAACUAAACAAACAUAUUAUGGAAUUUAAACCCUUAAUUGAUGCAAUUUGUUUUGCAGAUUGGUGUGUUUAAAAACUCUUGUGAAGUCACGCUAAAGGAAUUGAAACAAUGGAUGACACCAGAAAAGGCUAAAACUUCAAUCACAACCUUUCCUUCUUCAGCUGAAAUAGUACCUGAACCACUUGGUGUUGUGUUAGUCAUAUCUGCAUGGAACUAUCCAUUUUUGUUGUCCCUCGAUCCAGUUGUUGGAGCUAUAGCAGCUGGUAAUGUUGUGGUUCUAAAACCAUCAGAAAUUGCUCCAGCCUCCUCAGCACUGUUGGCAAAAUUGUUAGGGGAGUACAUGGAUAAUUCAUGUGUAAGAGUUGUGGAGGGUGCAAUUGAUGAAACUACUGCAUUGUUGCAACAAAAGUGGGACAAAAUUUUAUAUACCGGUUUGUCUUGUUUCUCAUUGUUCUGUUUUUCUUGGAUGGUUAUGAAUAUUUUUUUUCUCGUAGACAAAAUUUAUAUGCAAUUGGCAUGCCUUUUCAAGUUAUAUAAAUAUUUCCUAGUAUAUGUAAUUCUUGAAUUUUCAGGUAAUGGAAAAGUGGGAAGGAUAGUAAUGGCUGCGGCUGCAAAACACCUUACACCAAUUAUUCUAGAGCUUGGAGGAAAAUCUCCAACUGUUGUUGAUUCAAAUGUCAAUCUAGAGGUUACGGCUAGGCGGAUAAUUUCAGGCAAGUGGGGAUGCAACAACGGACAAGCCUGCGUUGCUCCUGAUUACAUUAUAACAACAAAAGACUUUGCUCCCAAAUUGGUAGAUGCCUUAAAAACGGAAUUAGAAAAUUUCUUUGGAAAGAAUCCAUUAGAAUCAGUUGAUUUGUCGCGCAUUGUGAGUUCUAACCAUUUUGCUCGCUUGACAAAGCUCUUGGAUGACAAUAAGGUUUCUGGCAAGAUUGUUUGUGGAGGUCAAAAGGAUGAAAGCAAAUUGAGGAUUGCUCCGACUCUUUUAUUAGAUGUUCCACGAGAUUCUCUUAUAAUGAGUGAGGAGAUCUUUGGUCCAUUGCUUCCCAUCAUCACGGUGAAUAAGCUGGAAGAAAGCUUUGAUUUCAUCAACGAAGGAACAAAGCCGCUUGCUGCAUAUUUAUUUACAAACGACAACAAGUUCAAGGAGGAAUUUGUGAAGAAUGUUUCGGCCGGGGGUUUGCUUAUCAAUGACACUGUCUUACAUCUUGUGGUUCAUGCUUUCCCAUUUGGGGGAGUUGGCGAGAGUGGAAUGGGUGCAUACCAUGGAAAAUUCUCCUUUGAUGCUUUUACUCAUAGAAAGGCAGUUCUUUAUCGCGGUUUUACAUGCGAUGGAUCAAUAAGGUACCCACCUUAUACUGAUACAAAACAGAAAACGAUGAAGGCUCUAGUCGCGGGUGAUGUUAUUGGUGUAGUCCGUGCUCUUUUUGGAUGGUCCUAGGCUGAAAAUAUAUUUACAAAUGUGGCACAUUGAUUCGUUCUGAUUUUAUUGUAUUUUAUUGUGCACAUUGAUUUCAUUGUUACAAUUUUCGAAAUAAACUUAUUAAGCUCGGCUUGUGCUUGGUAAUAGCAAAUUGGUUGUUAAAUUACA